GUCGACGCCGGGACAUCGCGAGAGUAGGUCGGUCGGUCAGUCAGUCGUGUGUCUUCUUUCCCCCAUCCCAAAAAAAUACAGCGUCAACCGAGAGGCUCCUGGCUGACGCUCUCACCUCCCCUCCCCCCCAUAAAUUAAAAGACUUCGACGAGUUUGAAAAGCCACUCAGGGCGGUUAUGGUGAUUCCGAGAUGGCAGGCGCGGUCAUGGGCAAAACUGCUAACUGUGGGCUUGUUGAUGCUGAGCUUCGUCUGGGCGGAGGAAGAAGACCCUACUUCGUACCUCGCCCUGCGAUACCCUUCCUCUCUGCCCUCCGUCGAAAUUGGGCCAGAAGGCUUUGAGGACCUCCCCAUCAUUCUCAGGGAUGACCUGACGAAGCGUAACGCCUUCAGCUCGUGGGGUGGGAAGAGAUCUUCCAUAAAAACUACAAAUGGACUCCCCGUUGCUCUCCGAAGGGCUUACCUCGCUCUCUUCAGAGGUUCCACGCCCAAAAUACCCACACCUGACGUAGAACUGAAGCGUGCUUCCUUCAGUCCAUGGGGAGGGAAAAGAUCAGACCCCACACUCUCAAGAUAUAACAUCGUAGGAGGAUCUUUCCGCCCAUGGGGCGGUAAAAGAUCUCAGAGUUAUCCAUCGGACACAGAAGACUUUGAAACAUUGGAGAGUAUUUUACCCUACCUGUCUAUUGUGUCAAAUGAGAAGAUGAAAGAUGUUGCAGAAAAGAUAAGCAAUACUCCUACGUUCUGGGAGGACGAGAACCAAAUUCUCUCCGAGUCCGACCCUUCUGCUUACUACCGAGCGGACAUCGAGCCUCCAUCGCCCCACCAUUCCUUAAGAUACAAAAGGGAAACGUCUUUAAUUAACCCAGAAGUCAGAGAGCACUCCACAAAUGAAUCAGCGACUACAGAAAAUGAGGCAUCGGAAGUAAAACUUCCAGAGGAGAAAAGAACAAAAUUUAGUCCUUGGGUCGGGAAAGGGCCUGACAUAAACUUAAUCCGGGAAGUGAUGAGAAGAUGGGCAGUAAGAACUCCCAAAGUCCUUGAGAGAAGGGGAUUUAGUGCCUGGGCAGGUAAAAGAUCCAUUCCUCAAGACCAGUCUGAAUUAGAAGGAAAAAGGGCAUUCAGCGCCUGGGCAGGAAAGAGAGAUGAUGGCUUCUUAGAUGACGGGCAAAUAUCAUUUGACCUUGACCCUUUCCAAGAAACAAACAUGAACAAAAGUUUCUUGGAGAAAAGGGCUGCCUUCAAUGCAUGGGCUGGUAAAAGAAAUGAUGACCUAGGGGCUGGUAAGAGAAAUGAGGACUUUGACAAGACACAGUCUUUCAGAGCUUGGCCAGGAACAACAAAUGAUGAACCUGACAAACGGCAAGCCUUCAGUGCGUGGGCCGGUAAACGAGAUGGCAAAUUUGAUGAGCGACAAGCUUUUAGUGCUUGGGCCGGAAAGAGAGACGGUUCCUUUGAGAAACGUCAAGCCUUCAGUGCAUGGGCAGGAAAAAGAGACAGUGAUUAUGAUAAAAGGCAAGCCUUCAGCGCAUGGGCUGGAAAGCGAGUAGAUGACAACUUUGAUAAGCAACAAGCAUUCAGCGCAUGGGGUGGCAAACGAGGUGAUGACUACAACAAACGACAAGCUUUCAGUGCAUGGGGUGGAAAGCGAGACGACGACGACUAUGAUAAAAGACAGGCCUUCAGUGCAUGGGCUGGUAAACGAGCAGAUGAUGACUUCAACAAACGACAAGCCUUUAGCGCAUGGGGUGGAAAGAGAGACGGUUCCUUUGACAAACGGCAAGCCUUCAGUGCAUGGGCCGGUAAACGAGAUGCCAAAUUUGAUGAGCGACAAGCUUUCAGUGCUUGGGCCAGAAAGAGAGACAGUUCCUUUGAGAAACGUCAGGCCUUCAGUGCAUGGGCAGGAAAAAGAGACAGUGAUUACGACAAAAGGCAAGCCUUCAGCGCAUGGGCUGGCAAACGAGGAGAUGACUUGGAUAAACGACAAGCAUUCAGUGCCUGGGGUGGUAAAAGGGCAGAUGAUUUAGAUAAAAGACAACCUUUCAGUGCGUGGGCAGGCAAGCGAGCAGAGGAUACCGACAAGAGACCAGCAUUCAGUGCGUGGGCAGGCAAGCGAGCAGAGGUUACCGACAAGAGACCAGCAUUCAGUGCGUGGGCAGGCAAGCGAGCAGAGGUUACCGACAAGAGACCAGCAUUCAGUGCGUGGGCAGGCAAGCGAGCAGAGGUUACCGACAAGAGACCAGCUUUCAGUGCAUGGGCUGGUAAAAGGGCCGAAGACUUGGAUAAACGACAGGCUUUCAGCGCUUGGGGUGGAAAGAGGGCCGAGGACCUGGACAAGAGACAGGCUUUAAGUGCAUGGGCUGGCAAACGGAGCGACGACUUCGAAAAGAGACAAGCUUUCAGUGCUUGGGCUGGUAAGAGAGAUUACAUUCUCGACACAGAAGACAAAGAAUUCGAUAAACGACCGGCUUUCAGCGCGUGGGCAGGCAAAAGGAGCGGCAGUUACCAAGACAAAAGGCAAGAAGCAUUCAGUGCCUGGGCUGGAAAACGGAGUGACGACUUCAACGAGAGACAAUCAUUCAGUGCCUGGGCAGGAAAGAGGUCUGGUGAAAAUCUUUAUAACAAUAACAACAGUGGUAUCACCGUGACAUUACAGAGUACGAACAGAGAGACAGAUGGAGAGCAUUUAAGAGAAGGAGAAGGGCACUUACCUUCCCGUGAUUGGGGUGGGAAUCAAGCUUCUCUCAGUACCUGGGGAGGAAACAAGUCAGCUUUAAUUUCUAAGGAACAAAGUCUACACAACUUAGUUUCGCCUAAGCUUUAGUGUGUGAACAUAUCAAUUUGUUAAUGUUGGUAUUUUUUAAUUUUGGUAACUUAAGGAAAACAUACUAUAUAAACUACACAAAAUAUUUAGGUACACUUUGUUAAUCUGUAAAAAAGGACAGGUAAUUACUGCUAUUAUAUUACAUUAUGUCAAGGAAUUAACAGUUACGGACUGAGCUGCAAGUUAAUCACCAACAUUGGGAUUUCUGAAGACAACGAACUUUGAAUCAUUUCUUUGAUAAGAAAAAAAAUUCUGUUGACCAAUGCAACACUGUGUAACUUACCAUACGUGUGACCUUACAGUUUUUUUUAUCAAUUAUUUUGAUGUUCAAAGAAAUACUUGGAAAUGUAUACACUUCUACAGAUGACUGAAUAUAACAACUACAAUGUUAGGAUAUCAGAAUAUACUACAUAAUAAUCAAACCCACAACUGAAAUUAUAGAAUACAGUCUCCCUCGGCAAUCUCAAAUACUACCUUGAAUAUUUGCAGGAGCUUCUAAUACACAUAGAUACAAGGUCUAUUUCCUGCUUAUUUACUCCAUAAGUAUAUCACACAACAUAACUCGCACUUAAAAAUAACCUAGUUCCUCCGUAACAUAAGGGUUCUUUAACCAAUUUCUUCAGGAAAGAAUUUUUUUCCUCUUCAAUAUAUUUUCAAAAUACAAGAAGCCAACUGAACUAUGAUUGGAUAAUCAAUCCUUUUUCAAAUUAACUUGUUGCUCGCUACAAAAACAAUCAAGAAACUGUAUAUAUUCACUCAACUUUAAAUUACUUUAAUGAAUAUAACUCAGUUAUUAUCUUUAAUCAUCACUGUUCAUUGUGGCAGUGAAUAUCAACAAAAAUUGUCCAUGUACGUAUAAUACAGUACUUAGCUGGAACAUUAAUUUUAAAAUCAUACCACUGACAUUGGCUCCUUAGGUCUUUGAGUUACCAGUAUGGAAAUGUUACAAAACUGAUUCCUUAAAAGAACAUGAAUCCAACUCAGUUCAUUCCCAGAUGUAAAACUUCAAACAAAUCAUGACAACAAUUUCAACCGACCCCUAAGAGUUGUAUUUGCCAAGAAAAUUUACCUUUGUUGCCUCUUGAUCUCUAUAAGGUCCUUUUUCUUGAAGCACAGGACUAAACUCACUCUCACUCAUUCUGUACUGGCUUGAUGGGUCUUGUAAUGUCCCUUUGCAAUACUACCAACCUCCUCAGUAAGGUUUUGUUGCAACUUCCUAACACGGUCACAGAAGCUUGUGUCGGUGGCGUCUGGCAUUCGCAGGUGGAGAUCAGACAUUCAGAGGAUUUCAAAACAAUGCUCCAGUAUCAUCUUUCACCGAAGGCUGGCUGUGAAAGACAAUAGCUGGAACAGUGGAGAUUCCUCAUUUGAAAAAAUCCUCCAGUGACGUUUUUGAUAAGGAAAGCCUACAGUACUAUUCAGUGAAUAAGAAAGCCUCUCAAAGAAACAUCAAAGAAACAUCAUUGCUAAGUAGAUAGAAGAGCCUUUCCUAGACAUGAUCCAUAAAUAAAGGAGCAUUACAAUAAGAGUAUUUUUCUGCCUAUGAGGGAUUCCUGCAGUACUCAACCAACCAUCAGUUACUGGGAAAGUUUAUGGCAAGACCCAUUCAAUAAAUGAGUCAGAAAGAAAGCCACAAAGUAUGAAACAUUUGUUCAACCGAUAAGGGAUCAAUACAAUGCAGGCAAAUAAAUUGUCUUACAUCACAAUGUAGUCAAAGUAUAAACUAAUGAAGGAAUCACAACAGAGACAAUUCAGCAAGAUAUAAGCUACAAUGGUCGAGCCAAAAUUCAAAUCAAUUAAGAGGGCUAGCUCUACAAAAUGAGAACCUAUCUCUCAAUAUUUUUCAACGUGAAGAAAUAAGUUAACAGACAAAAACAGUCUUCCAGAAAUCUUAUCAAUCAACACUGAUAAUUUGAUCAAAGAUAUUAAAACUCUGUAAAAUAUUUUGUUUCUAUUUCAAUUCAUUUUAACAUAAAAUAUAAAUCGGGGUACAGCUACAUUCAAUAAGAGAAUUUCACUCAACAGCUUUUUCACACCAAAACACAUUCACUUAUUAAUAACUGACCUUGCUUUAAAAACCAAGCUGCAUUGCUCUUUUGUGAAAACCAGAAUCUCUCUCAAAAUUACACAUGAAAUUUUGGUCUCGGUAUAUAAAAGAUCGAUGAUUUUCCAAACCUUUUAAAGUGGCUGGUCAGUUCAAAUUUAUAGCUAAUUUAAUUGAAUACUAAAAAAAAAAUUCCAUAUUCUUCCUCCCUAAAUCAGAUCAGAUUGCACUGUUGGAGUAUAUCUAAUUCAACUAUUAAGUCUUUAUACAUUUACACAAAAGAUUACCCCCCUGUAUUGUAUAUAUAUAAUUUAGAAACAAAACAAAAACUUUGUACUAUAUCAGGUCAAGCCUGUACGUAAUACUACUCUAUUAAACAGCCUGUAACACAAAAUAUAAAUGUUAAAUAAAUUACAGCUACUCAAAUCUGCACAAGAACCUUUCCCAUCAGAAGUCUACAUCAACCAGAUAUGUACAUAAACCAGAACUGAUAACGCACACACAAACUCCAUCACAAAUCUUGUUUGAAACCGCAUUUCCCAAGAAGCAACAUGUAUGCGAUGCUCGCAAUAAUGUUCAAUGAAGUACCCACGUGUCAUUUGUAAUUUCUUGGGGUUGUUAAGCAAGCUGAACAUAACCUGUGACUGUCUCGUGUGUCGGCGAAAAAAUAUAAAGUUUUAUUCUCAAUAAAUAAAACGGAGCAUCU